AAGUAGCUUUGCGUCAUCCACACAUGGCCCACUGCUACGUGUAGAUGUGUACCAUGCAUGUACCUUAUCCAGCAUAUGUCUUUUUAUAUUGGGCAUGUAUCUCGGUGGUUGAUCUCAGAUUUUCGAUGCGCACUUGUUCUCGAACGAUAAAUUCCGCCAUAUAUGGCAACUACUCUGUAGGUAGUGGGCAACAAAGCCAACGUUGGACCUUUCCUGUCCCGCCAGCCAUGUUGCCUAUGCAAGUACAUGUGUAUGGUAUGUACUACAUAAUAUGUACAUAUAUUUAUGUAUGUCGAUCAUUGCUGUACCCAUACUAGGUAGAUAAAUAAUCUACUAAGAGAUACAUAGGGAGGUACUUACCGCCGACGUACCCACUG